CAUUGUUCGGUCACACUUGCUAAAAUCAUCCAGUAACUGCACUGAAAAAAGGUGAAAUACGAAAUGCGCAACAAAUAAACAAAGAACAAAGCCAGCAAAGUUGAAAUUCUAGAAAGCGAACAGGUCAACGCAAUCGGGCCAAUGAGUAUCAACCUGUGCGUGGAGACGCUGAACACAACGCUGCAGGCGAUCGCUCGACAAGUGGAGGUCUUUGCUGGCGUUGCCCUGAAGGCAGCCGUCGACUUGCGUGGAAGUCUGGAGUCUCUGACCGGCGACUACCAGUGGGAAAACGGGCCAAUCGCCUUCAGCGACCUACAAGCGACGUUGCUGAAGGUCCUGCUGGUCCUGCUGCUCGGCACCUGCGUCCUCAUCGGCUACUCCUGGUCCGUGUACGGCCAAGUCAUCACCGAGAAGUUUGUCAGACCAAGCACUCUUAAAGAAAUCGAGGAGCUGAAGCUGUCGGUGGCCAAGUUGAAGUUGCCCAAGGAACACUCGCCGCGCAUAUAG